CCUCUGACACUUUAUGAAUGAACGUCUCGCGUCGGGACUGAAAAAAAGGAAGAACAAGAGGAAGCUUCAAAUUUCAAGAGUUUGGAAACUUUCCAAGGUGUGGUCACACAGACUUUCCCCCUCGCUCAGAUUUAACCACCAAACCCACAGAUAUUUUUAACAGUCAAACUUAAGAAUAAUCCUCAAUAAACUUCAAGGACUUUCUGCCCGAGUCACCAAAAUGACCUCAGAGCCAAACUUCACCACCGCCUCAAACCUCACCACCCCCACUGCCGAUGGUGGCUGCCCACCUGUCGGUAUUGGGCUGGAAGGUAAGAUCAUGCCACCCGUCCUCAUCAUCGACGUCAUUCUGGGGCUGCUGGGAAACCUGGUCGCUCUGUGGAUCUUCUGCUUCAAACUGAAGGCGUGGAACCCCAACAGCCUCUUCCUCUUCAACCUGGUUAUCGCAGACUUCCUCGCUCUAGUGAGUCUACCUCUGAGGAUCGACGCCUUGCUCAGGAGUCACUGGGUGUUUGGAGACGGCAUGUGUCGGAUCAACCUCUUCCUGAUGUUUUCCAACCGCUCGGCGAGCAUCGCACUCAUGACCGUGGUGGCAAUUUAUCGCUACUUUAAGGUGAGAGAAUCCUCAUGGUGAUGGAGUUGUAAAAAUGCUUAACAAAGUUUUUUGUUGCACCUCGUUGGGCCACAUUCCUGGUAAAGAGAACAAACCUCUGACUGCAUUUCUAAUAUUUUUGAAUCACUCCAACACGGGAAACUCGUGUGCUGCAGGUCUGUUAAAGUGAUACAGGUUGUUUUCAUUCAUGGGGCUCCAAACAGGGAAAAGUUGGUAGUAAUAGCUUGAUGUAAAUAGCUUGAUGACAUAACUGGGAAAAAACUCAAGUUAAGCCAAGAUGGGUAAACAGCUGGUAUGGUUAGGUAGCGGUAUAAAGAGUAGCCCAUUCAGCUAAAUUAAUGGAUAAAUAGCUGUAAUCAUAUUCUACAUUGUCAUUUAUAAAUGAAGCUGAAGGAAGGAAGACUGAAACUGUUUUAGGAAGUUAGGAACUUUACCUGACUGAGAUCUUUGAAUCCAUCCAUCCAUCACCUGACACUGUGACAUGAAAACUGGUUUCCUGUUUACAAAUGGUCCAAUAACGCUGCAGGAACAAUGAUGAUUGGCCAAUCAGUGCCAGGCGCACAAUUAAUUUCACCAUC